AUGGCGUCCUAUCUCGAAAAGGUGCGUCGGCAGUCAAAGCAGCUGUUCCCACAGAAUAAACAGAAGCCCGGACCGCCGCCAAUCGAAGACCCUCCCAAGGUUUCCGAGUCCACGACACCAAAAGUAGAAGAUGCCGCUGUUCCCAAGAUUGAAGUGCCCGCUGCAACAGAGCCUAGUGGGCCAAUUUCCGAGCCGCCAGCUCCGACAGUUGCAGAAGCAAGCGAAGAAGUAGGUAGCGACCCUGUACUGGAUCCUGAAGAUCAGAAGUUCCUUGAGCGACUCGCUGCCAUUGCCUCAGAGCCCGAGGGUACACCUCCGCCUCUGCCUGAGCGUGCAACUGCAGCCGGUGAUGUGGGUGAGAAGAAGAUUAGUAAAGAUGCACAGGAGGCACUCAUCGACGGUGCAGACAAGAUUGCACUUCCUUUAAGCCCACCUGUGACAGCUGUUGAGACUAGCGAUAAGGGCAAGGGCAAGGCUACAGAAGGUGGCCUGGGCCGGAAAAAGAGUGUCUUGUCCUACUUCCAGCUGCCCAAGUUCGGUAAGAAGGACGGAGAAAAGGCAAAAGAGAAGUCGUCCAAAGACAAAAAAGUAGUAGUCACGGAGAAGGAUAGGGCCCAAUUCGCAGACGAUCUCCAGGCCGCUGCUGAGGCUGCCAAAACUGCUGAGCUCACCGACGCGCAGAAGCAGGACAAAGAACUCACUGAUAUCCUGGACCAGCUGAACCUCUCAGCAGUCAACAACCGCGUCUUCAGCUUCAGCAAAGAGUCGGAAGACCUCCUCAACAAAUUCACCCAAGUCCUUAAGGACCUUGUCAACGGUGUCCCUACAGCCUACACCGAUCUCGAGAAGCUCUUUACAGACUACGACAACCAGCUCAAGAAGAUGUACGCUAGUCUCCCACCCUUCUUGCAGAAUCUAGUCAAGAGUCUGCCAGCCAAGCUCACAGCUACCCUGGGCCCGGAGUUGAUGGCUGCGUCGUCCGAGAAGCCUGGAUUCGACGCCCAAGCAGCUGCCGAGGGAAGCAAGUUCAAGGGUGCGAAAAACAUGCUGCCCCAAGUUCCGAGCUUGAAGUCUCUGCUUUCUGCCCAAGGCGCUGUUGCAACGGCGCUUCGAAGUAUUGUCAACUUUUUGAAGUUUAGGUUCCCGGCUCUUGCCACGGGAACGAAUGUUAUUAUGAGUUUGGCAGUAUUCGUCCUCCUCUUCGUCUUUUGGUACUGCCACAAGCGCGGCCGUGAAACGCGUCUUGAAAAGGAACGUCUUGCAGCCGAAGAAGGCCAAGGAGGCAAUAUCAGCGGUGCACCCUCUGUAAAUGGGGACGUCGACUCGAUUUUCGGGUCUCAGAUCAAGACGAGAGAAGGUGAGGGUGCGCCGGCUGCGACGCCGCCGCAGGAACCGCUUAUUAUCAGCAAUGGCAGGGAGAAGGAAGAGCAGGCGGCAGGUGUGAGUGAUUUACCGAGUGUAUCGCAUCUCCCUGAUCCAAAGGGCGGAGAAGCACCGGCAGCGCCGCCGUCUGAGGGGAAGUAG